AUGUAUUCUGCCGCAUCGAGUGCAACGCCUUUGCCUGCGGUGAGCGCAGCUAGCUCACUACCGACGUUGCGUCCAAUGCCUACAGGAGGUGUGAAUGGUGUUAUUGCCCAUGGCUUGCCCACCUUGCCUGGAGCCAACCAGCUUGGUGCACUGGGACAGCAGCCUUCUUUCAUGCAAAAUGAAGAGGCUCCAACGCACGUGGUCGGCUCUCAAGGACGGCGAGGAAUUCUUCCAAGCGCUCCUGGACGACCGAAUCCGCCUGCCCAGGGGAGUGCGCAAGCCACCAAGAGUCUGGUCCCGCAAAAAGACGCCGACGGGAAAUUUCCUUGUCCACAUUGUAACAAGACUUACCUCCACGCCAAACACCUGAAAAGACAUCUGCUGCGACAUACUGGAGACCGACCAUACAUGUGUCAUCUUUGUAAAGAUACCUUCUCCCGUAGCGAUAUUCUCAAGCGACAUUUCCAAAAAUGCUCCAUCCGGCGAGGCAAUCCCACCGGAGCUAAUCACCUCGCACACCAGCGUCGUAACACUGGUAGUGGUGGUCGGCUGUCCAUCAGCCAACAGGAUGGCCCGAUCGGUCUUGCAGGUCUUUCUGACGUGGCUGGCACCCCGACAUUCAAUUCGAGCAUGGUCAGCGAUAGUCCCACGGUCAAUGGAACCAUGUCUGCACGCUCGUCAAGGGCUAAUAGUCUGAUCUCGCCGGGCACUAUGAGCCAUCGCAACAGCAUAGCUGGGCUCGGAAUCCUGAGCGCUGGGGCUGUGGAGCAUGCCGACACGCUGAACUCCUCUGCCGGUUUCCAGCCUUCGGUCAAUGCAUACACCCUGCAGAGUCCUGCCAAUGGUGCGCCACUAUCAAACAAUUUCUCAUUUGCACCACAACCACAGUUGAACGGAACGAUGUUCAACAAUCACUCGCAACCGCAGCAGCAACAACAACAACCCAUGUCUUUUUUAGGCCAUCCGAGCUCGCGCUUCGACAACAGCCAGAACAAUAGCCCUCAAAACCCCAUUGAGACCAGUAGUGUCCCGAACGUCGACUGGUCCGGCAUGUUCAUACAAAGUGGCCGGGAUGGCUUCAUAGAGGGCCAUCCUGCGAACGCGAGCUCACAAGAUGAAAACCAACCUAAAGCAGAGUCCGACGUCAAGAUCAGCUUUCCUCCUCAAUCCCGAGACCUUCAUUUUUUAGGUGAGGUCUCUUCCCUUCCGAUCACAGCUGAGCCCUUGAACGCCAAGAUCGAUGAACUGAAAAUUCAUUGUUUCCCUGGCGGGGUUCAAGGCAUCCGCAGCGACGUCAGCGCACAACUCAUGUGGGACUGCUUAAAUGUGGAGACUAUCAAGCAUCUCCUUGAUCAAUCAUCCUCGUUUCAAGGGCACUGGCCCAUUCUUCAUAUGCCCACCUUCGACCUCGCUCGGGCAAACAAUAAUCUGGUCCUCGUCGUCCUGUGCAUAGGGGCCAUAUACAGUCCGGAUCCAAAGUAUCAUGUACAGAGUGUGCGACACAUGAUGGAGUUUACCAAGACUACAUUGUACCGGACGGCCGGUGUCCUCAGUCGUGUCGCCAAUGGAUCAACACAUGGCUUGGCAGCAUCGCAGUCCGAGUUUGAAGAACUACAGGCGUUGUCGAUGCUGCACACCACGUUUACAUGGCACGGGAAUCCGGCACAGCGGCAGGCGGCGCGGAACGACUUUGUCAUGCUUACCCGAACUUUCAGGUCAUUUGAUUUCACGCGAACUGCGCCUGAAGGUCACCACGCUCAGAGCGAUCUCCAUUCAACGCUAGCAUUGUCGCCGAAGCAACUCGACUCGUUCAAAUGGGACUGGCACACAUGGCUAGAGCAAGAAAAGCGUAACCGACUAAUGUAUCAGGUGUGGCUGAUGGACACUGCCAUGGUGCUCUUCUUCAACACAAGCCCACAGUUCGAAACAUCAGAGAUCAAAUUGAUGCUGCCUGCAGACGAUGCCGUCUGGGAAGCUUCAACUGCCGAAGAAUGUGCAGAUGCUCUCGGCCUCAAUGGGCCCGCGGCGCAGGGACGGAACUUGAAUGGUACGCGUCAACCGAUUCAGCCUACGCUACACAACGCGUUGCGUUCUCUACUCGAAUCGUCUGCACCCGUCCAGACAGGAGCUACAAACGUCUAUGCAAAGUUUUUGCUCAUCCACGCCUUAAUUGUGCGCGUCAUCUCUUGUCAGAUGGCUUUACUGCGAUCCGAGGGGCACGUCCAGGGCUACAGCAUCGGUUUGAAUGGCUCUACGCCCGCCACUCCCUUGUCGCAGGGCGAUUGGUUGGAGCAGGACACCGGUCGCACAGAGAACCGAAGCGCGGAGAACAGUGGACACGUCUCGCCGACAGACCCGCUUCUGGCAGGCAACGCACCUUCCAUGAGUAUGAUCCAGCAUGAGAAAGCUUGCCUGGAGCAGGCUCUGAACAGAUGGAAAGCUAGCUGGGAUCUGGACAUGCAGAUCCAAUUUCCACCUUCAAAUUUUCAACCAAAGCGGUUUGGCUUUAGCCGCGACAGUGUGCACUUCUUCUACAUCGCCCGCAGCUUCCUCCAAUCCUCUAACUUGUCCGAAUUCGCUAUGCCUGCCGACAUGCGCUUCAGACGAGUGAUGGGUCUACUCAAACGAAUUAAAACGAUGAUCGCGGAUGAUCCUGGAAAGCAGGGUCCGCGCGACGUGGUGGGGAGCGUUGGCGAUAUCGAUGAUCAUUACGGACUUGACAGUCUCACUCUGGACAUGACUCUGCUCUUCGCGCGCGAUGACCGUCGACCGGACAGUCCUCUCACCGAUCCCCACUCUCACGUUACCUAG